AUGACCAGAGGCCACUACGGAGGCGCCACCGCUGACCAGGAGUACAAUACAUACCAUCCCGACCCCAGCUUCAAAUUCGACUGCACGAGAUGCAAUGGUGUCGGCGUGCACAAUCCCAGGCUUUGCGAGGACUGCCAGGACUGGAAUGACGUCUGGCAUAUGUUCACCUGCACACGACACGAUGCCAUCUAUGACCCUUUCCCUUCCGCCAAGCUAUCAGUGCUGAAGAACGAUCGCAAGGAGUGCCUGAUUUGUCUUACUCUGGUCGCAGCGGUGGAGGAGAAGCUUCGCAUUCGUGCGUCAGGGUCGAGGCUCGAGGAGACCGUUAAGGAGGAUCCUGUAGUGACGAAUUGUGGUCCCUGGUGGUUGCCACCGCAAAGAUACGUGAAGUCUCCGCGGCCACCGAGUGGUGGUGUGCGACUGGUACAUGUCAUGAAGCAGUACCGAGACCAGCGUGACCGGGACGAAGACACCUGGCGCAUCGAGUGUCUGCUAUGUUUUUCUCUCGUCGGCUGGGAGGAAGUCAAGCUCACUGCCUUCGGCCACAGAGACGUUGACUGGCCAGAUGGAGCUCUGGUGUGUAGAGUAGAGCUGCUGUACAACUCUGCCGGCAACCAGCUGGAAGAGGUCCGGUGUCUUGAAUCACCACCGAUCAAUCUGGAGCUCGUCGCCCAUGGCCUGAACGAGUGCAAAAGCAGUCACCUGAAAUGUGAGGUUCAUGAAUAUGACCUCCCGGCCGACUUCCUCGUCAUUGAUUGCGAGACCAUGUGCAUUUGUGACUUGCCGGCAGGUGAAGUCUUUGUCGCACUGAGCUAUACGUGGCGCAGUCCAUCUUCCGAUCGCGAGGCGCAGCUGACUUGCGCGAAUGAGGCAGCUCUUCGUCGGCAUAGGGGGCUGAACUCACGUCAGCUCCCGCCAGUGAUUGCAGAUACGAUCAAGCUAUGUGUCAGCUUGGGCAGGCGGCAUCUAUGGAUCGACAGACUAUGCAUCGUGUAA